AUGGGGGCUGCAGCAGCUGCUCCUGCUACUGCAGCACUAGCAGCAGUUCCUGCUGCAACGGCAAUACGGCUUUUGGCCGCUGCAGCUGCUGCAGCAGCAACAGCUGCAGCAAUGGAAGCAGCUGCUGCUGCUGCUGCAGCUGCACAGCUUCUGGCAGCAGCCAAAACUAUCUUCCAGAGUCCAACUCUAGGGACUGAUUAUAAAUUAUUAUUUGUUGCAGCUGCCAUGCCAGACAAUAAAGCUAAACCCAAACCCUAA